AUGUCUUUAUAUAAAGAGGGAGAUGAAAAUAUUCCGACUUCAAAAGAACUAGAUGCCAACAGAAAUCCAGUGUUCGACUUUUAUGACGAAAAAUUCGCAGAAUUAAUCAACGCACAAAAUUUUAAUAAUGUGGAUUAUUACGAUGAAAUAUCAAAAAUUAUGUUCAAUCUAUUUAGCAACAUUAAGUCACCCAUUUUCGAAUAUGCUCAUAUGAAAGGACUCACAGAUUUUUUAAUUACGACAAUAAAAACACAACCAGCUCUCGUUUAUUCAUCAUUAUACUUGCUAGUUGGCCUGUGUAAUGAUCCUGCAGGUAAAAUAUCUCUACAAAUAAUAUCAGAUGAAGAUUUUAUCGCGUUUUUAGAAAAUACACUUCAAGAAUACUCAGAAGGCUCAGAUCCAUCUUUAGUUUACAAGAUCAUUGAGUUGUAUGGAUCAAUUUAUUACGAUUGUUCAGAGAAAAAAAUUUUAUUUGAUCAUAUCAUUGAUUUCGGAUUAUUAGAUUCUGUUAUAAGUAAUUUCCCUGAUGGAACGCCCCAGGUUGUCAGAAUGUUAGCCUAUUUGAUCAAAAACAGAUCAGAAUGCGGAGAUUUUCUUCAAGCAAUUGAAUUUGUCAUUCCAUUCCUCAAAGAUGCCUCAAAAAUGAGUAUUUCAUCUAUCAUAAACCAAAUAAGGCAAGAGGCCUCCAAAAAGCACGAACUUAUUGAACAAUUACUAACUACAGAUUUUUAUUCCUUCAUUUGCGAAAUUGCAUCGAAACCAAGCUAUUCGUACGAGAAAUUAGCAGAUACACUUACAUACCAGAUUCUUUGCCAAAAUGCUUUGGCUUGUGCAGAUUUAAUUUGUGUUUCCUUGGAAUGCAGCAACAAUAUAAAAUUAGUGAUAGAUAUUGGCGGAUUCAUUGAUUAUUUCAUUGAUGUUGAAAGACAGGAUGAAUUUAUUGCAUUUGCAUGCAAAAUUUCUGCAAUAAUUUUGCCAAAAACUUCCUAUUUACUCCAAUUGCUUAUUGAUAAGAGCUUUAUAAAGUAUCUACCAAAAUGGGUCAUUGAUGGCUCUUUUAGCCUCAAAAAAUACGCAACAGAUUUAUUAUUAUCUGUUUUUGAGAAUACACCAGAAACUAAGGCUCAGCUUGUGUUCGAGAAGAUUGUAUCACCUGAGGUGGCUCAAGAAAUAAUAUCUGCUUUCGAUUCUGAACCAAAAAUGAUCAAAAUUUGUAAAUAUUUCAUUCAAGCUGCUUUAUUCUUGCAAAGAGAAGCAGUUCUGGAUGAACUAAGAUGUGAAGAGCUCUGUGAAUCAGCUCAAUCCAUUUUGGAUGAUAGUGAAGAAAAAAGUGAGCAAUUCGAAGAUCUUCAAUUCAUUUGUAUGACUCUUUUCCCUCAAGAAGAAUGA